UGCUUUUUUUUUUUUUUUUUUUUUUUUUCGUAGCAACACCGUCUCCUCCUCUUCCUCCCCGUCUUGCUACACUUGCCUCCCCCACCCCUCCACUCCUCUUCCUCCUCUCCUUGCGGCGCCUCCCGGGACUCUUCCUCCGCCAGGCCGCGGUCACUUCAGCGUGGAUUCGUUCCGACACGGAGAGACUGUGUGUGUGUGUGGAAGAACCUGAACGUGAUAAGAGCGUGCAUAUCCCCCUACCCCCUCCUUCACUUCCUCCUCCUCCUCCACUAUCAUCCUCCUUCAUUUGUUCGGUCAUGACGCUGGAAGCGAUCCGCUACCGGUCCGGGUCUCUGCAGAUCCUCAACCAGCUGCUGCUGCCACACCAGACCGUGUAUGAAGACAUCCGCUCCGUGCAGGGCGCCUACGAGGCCAUCAAAUCCAUGAAGGUGCGCGGCGCUCCAGCCAUCGCCAUCGUGGGCUGCCUCAGCCUGGCUGUGGAGCUGCGGGCGGGCGCUGGGGGCGACGACCCCGUGACCUUCAUCAGGGAGUCUCUGUGUCACCUCACUUCAGCCAGGCCCACCGCCGUCAACAUGGGCCGAGCCGCCCGCGAGCUGAUGGAGUUCGCCGAGAACGAGAGCAUGGAGAAGAACUCGGAGCAGCUCAGGGACAGUGUCAUCUCCUGGAUCGAAGACAUGCUGGAGCGCGACGUCAACGACAACAGGAAGAUCGGCAACUACGGAGCCCAGCACAUUCUGUCGGGCGUCCCGAGGGACUCUGUCACCAUCCUCACGCACUGCAACACCGGGUCGCUGGCCACGGCCGGAUACGGGACGGCGCUCGGCGUGGUGAGGAGCCUCCACGCCCUGGGCCGGCUGAAGCGCGUGUACUGCACGGAGACGAGGCCGUACAACCAGGGCUCCAGGCUGACGGCGUACGAGGCGGUCGCAGAGGGCAUCCCUGCCACGCUCAUCACGGACAGCAUGGCGGCCCUCACCAUGAGGGAAAUGGACAUCACAGCUGUGGUGGUGGGUGCUGACCGAGUCGUCGCUAACGGUGACACAGCCAACAAGGUGGGCACGUACCAGCUGGCCAUCGCCGCAAAGCACCAUGGGAUCCCUUUCUACGUGGCUGCACCCAGCACGUCGUGCGACCUGAGCCUCGAGAGUGGCCGGGACAUCAUCAUCGAAGUGCGGCCCCCUGAGGAGCUCACCAGUAUAAACGGAGUCCCCAUUGCGGCGCCCGGUAUCGAGGUGUGGAACCCGGCGUUUGACGUGACGCCUCACCAGCUCAUCACCGGAGGCAUCAUCACCGAGCUGGGGGUCUUCCUCCCGUCGGAGCUCCAGGCAGCGCUCACCGGCCGCCUCACCGCUCUCUAAGGCGAGCUCCCAGCGCCCCCUGCUGGCUCCGGUGCACCACUGCACACUCACGUCACGCUCUUCUAAAAGACACUCUUGUCUUCACUGAGGGUGCACAGUUUGUGGUUUUACUUUGGUUUUAAUCAAUGCACAGUCACUGUAACGUGUCAGUGGUGCACUGUCUGAAAAUCUUUAGUCUCUCUGCCAGCCGCAAACAAAAUCGAAAA